GGGCCAAUUUAAACCGUCCCUCCCACUAUUUUCGGGUUUGUUUGUUCUCCUUCCCCUUGUUUCUUGGGUUUCUCCGAGGCUUUCCAUCUUACUGGGUGGCAGAGCCAUGGUACUUGUUUGCCAGACGUGUGGCGUGCCAGGUUACACCGAGCUUCUAAUAUACUGCAAUAUGUGUAAGAGUUCUGCCGAACACCGAUAUUGCUUGGACAUAUUGCCUUCUUAUCAUGAAGAGGUUAGUUGGUCAUGUGAUCUGUGCAAGCCUAGGCCUUCCAAGGUUGAGCUAGAGAUACUACACAGAAGCACGAGGAAGUUAAAGUGUAAAAAAAUUAGGAAAAGAUGUCAGAUUACCAUUGCUGCCCCACAAUUUGCCCCACCUCAGAAGCAACCCCAUUAUAAGAAAAGUCCUGCCACAGUACACGGACAAGCGAGUAUCAGGAAGUCACCGGCUAGUUUGUUGCAGAAGGAAGUUGAUGAUUUGUCCCAGUCAUUCAGAGUGCAACUAAAGGACAAAAAAUUGAAGAAGAGGAGAAGAUUGGUAAUACCGGUGGAUGACCAAUUAGAUGAAGAUAUUCAGACUAACAAUGUGGAAGCAAAAUAUGAAAAUACUCUUACCGCUCCGAAACACGAUUCACCCCAGAAGCGACAGGAAUAUGUUCCUCACGGUCAUGUUCACAUGGAAAACAAUGGUGAUUCCACAGUAAAUGGAAAAUGGAACAGGCCAUCAGAUAGUUUGCUCCAGAAGAAAGUUGUCGAUUUGUCACAAUCAUUUGGAAUUCAAUUUGAGCGCAAAAACUUGAAGAGAAGAAGAAUGAUAUUACCAGAGGAUGACCAGUUAGAUGGAGAUGUUCUAAAUAACAGUGCUGUUACUGAGAGACUUUUGGAAGCAAGAUAUGAGAAUACUGUUAUUGCUCCAAAAGUUGCUUCACCAGAAAACCCGCAUCAAUAUAUUACUUGCACUCAUAGUGUUCAGAAUGGAACUUGUGCUGGUGCCACAGUAAAAUCAAACAGGUCAACAAAUAGUUUGUCGCAGAAGGAAGUUGAUGAUCUGUUCCAAUCAAUUAGAAUGCAAUCUGAGGAGAAAAACUUGAGGAUGCGGAGGACAAGAUUGAUAUUACUUGAGGGUGAGCAGUUAGAUCAAGAAGCACAGACUAACAAUGCAGUUAAUAAGAGACUCACGGAAGUAAGAUAUGACAAAACUGUUACGGCCAUAAAAGCUGCUUCACCAGGGAAGCCACAUCAAUAUGUUUACAAGGAAAAUCAUGCUGGUCCUUCAGAAGAUGGAAUAUCAAACAGGUCAACAGAUAAUUUGUUGCAGAUGAAAGUUGUUGAUCCAUUCAAGUCAUUUAGAAUGCAACUAGAGAGGAAAAACUUGAGGAUGCAGAGUAGAAGAUUGAUGUUACUGGAGGAUGACCAAUUAGAUGAAGAUGUUCAGAUUAACAAUGAGGCUAAUGAGGGACAUUUAAAAGCAGAGAAGUCAGUGAAUGUAUCUAGCGAGCUUUCUGAUGGCAGGUUCUUGAAAAAAAUGAGGCGAUUACCUAAUGAGUGCCUGCUAGAUGAAGAGGUUCAUAUAAACAGUACUGGUCAAAAUUCCCCAAUUAGUGGUCCUUUGCAACUUCAUCCAACCUUGCAAGUAGAAGAACAUACUCCUGGAAGAAAAUUGAUAUGCAGUUUGGCUUCCAGUUAUGAGCCUUAUAAUUUAUCUGCACAACCAAUUAGAAAUCACAUUUGGAGGGGCCACUUUCAUGUAUGCAACAAGGAACUUGGUCCAUUUACAGCUCAUAUUUCAAGUAAAGCAUGUGAGAAAGUCUGGAACAUUGCAAAAAAGUUACCAGCAGUCUUACAAAUGACAAAGCUCUCAAGGUUGGAUUCAUGGCCUAAAAGUUUCAAGACUUCACCACCAAAUGAUGAGAGCAUUGCCCUCUAUUUCUUUGCGCAAGAUGCUAGAGUGGGGGCAAUGCUUGAUGAACUAUUAUGUGAGAUCACUAAAAAGGAUUUUGUCUUGAAGGUUAAACAUGAUGAGGCAGAGCUGCUUGCAUUCUCCUCGAUUGUACUGCCGGAAAGUUAUCGUAAAUUUCAAGAAAAAUACUUUUUGUGGGCGGUUUUUAGAAGGCGACAAGGUGCAGUGUCUUGUGCACCAGCCGAAUGUUCUCCUAGUUAUGAUGAAAUCACAGAAGAGAAAGAGCGGGCACCAUACUUAACACAUGCAACAAAGAAAGAGUCUGAUGAUAUUGCUGAAAAUUGUAUUGUUGCAAAUAAGUUGGUGGGGAACUCAAAUAAUUCUGAAGAAAAACUAGAUGAAUGCCAUGAUAGAAAUGCAUGUUUGUUGCCUUCAGGAAAGCAAAUUCCACUUAAUUGUGAGUACCCUUCCGGGGAACAGAUUGUGAGUGACUGUGAAAUGGCACAACCCAGUAAUGGUUGCAAAGAUUAUCACCAAGAACUAUUUACUUUCAACUUCGAUCAUGACGAGGGGACCACCAAUUACCCCAUGAACUUAUUUCCAGAACAAGGUGAAGACAUGGCUUUAACUUCUAGGAUAAGAGGAAGCGAUUCAUUAGACCUCAAACUGGGGUAUAGCUGGUCGACUUGUGAUGAUGCACAUUUAAAAGACAUGUUCAAUAGUGAUUCACUCACUUAGUUACCACUGGAUGGUGCCCUGUUUGUGCAACAAUGUUUCUUACAAAAGUUCAAGAACCGAUAUCAAAAUGGCGCCUUAGCAACAUGCCACGUUGCGGUUCACCUGGGAAAUUAUAGAACAGUUUUGCACUUGUGCUUUUCAAUCUGCAAAUUUUUUAGACCACUUUUGGUGUCAGUUCUCAAGCUUUGACAUUUUACUUCAAUAACCAUUGUAAAUAUCUGUCUGUUGUAUUCUAUGAUGUCAUAUUGAUAUAUUCCGACCGAUCUCAUGUAAGUAACCAUUUUGAAUAUAUAUCUUACAUGUUUUGUGUCAUUUCUAGUAUCAUGUUAGUCCAAACCUGUUGUAACCCAUCCCCUCUUGGUUACUCUCACAGUUGUGCAACUGUGUCUUUGCUUUUUUGUGCUGGAGAGCUUAUCGGUUGCUUAGAGAGGUAAAGAAAAAAGUGUCUUCUAGGA